GGCCCGGAGCCGAACGGCGGCGGACCCGGACCGGCCCCGGUGGAGGCCCCGGUCCCGACCCCGCUCGGCCCCGCCAUGGCCCGGGACCCGGCCUUCGUGCUGCGCUACCUGGCCGAAGUGGAGGAGCUGGCUGAGGACGUGCUGGCGGCACGGCAGCAGAUCGUGGACCUUGACGUGAAGCGGAACCGCAACCGCGAGGCCCUGCGGGCGCUGCAUAAGGACCCGGAGCCCGACGGUAAGGCCAUGGUUUGUUUCGGGAACAUGUUCAUCGAGCUGCCGAAGGCAAAGACCCGGGAGAUCCUGCGGCAGGACCAGGAAGAGCUGGAUGAGGAGAUAAACAACCUCCGGAAAGAGCUCCGGGUGAAGGUCAACCAGCUCUAUGAAGCUCAAGGCAAACCUGAGCUGAAGGGGUUUAACCUGAAUCCUAUGUCUGCCGAGGAAAUGAAACUCAUCAACCGCAUCCUGGAGGGCUGAGGUGUCCAUGCCAUUGUCACAGCAUGUUUGGCUGUCACUGUGGGUUCAUGUUUCUAUAGCCACAGUCCUUGGAAUUUGCAGGACACUGCUGUGUCCAGAGCCCACCCAGGUGAGGGCCCUGGGAAUCAUUUGGCUGCUCAGCUACAACACUGCAGUUUGUUUGGAUCACAAACCCCUUUUCCUUGCUGGAACUCGGGUGGCAGAGCCGUGCUGGAUGCAGCACUGGGCAAAGGCCCACGGCUGGGGUGGAGGUGGGAUCAUUAAAAUCAGAGCAGUGGGACAUUUCCUGACUCCAUGUGUAUGUUCCUUGUUGGGGACUUAUGUGAACGCUUCUGGCUUCAGAGCUGCUCCUUUGUCACGUUGGGAACAGGAGUAGGAGGGAUUGGGAAUCCUCCACAUGCCUGAAGCACAGAAGAGGAGUUGUGCACGCCCAUGGCAUUCAAACAAAGCCAAGCUGUACAUCUGAGGCAUGUCAGGAAUCUCUAAGGAUGUGUAGGGAGGAGCAGGAGGAGGCAGCAUCCUUUCAGUCUUGCUUGGAAAACAUGUUCCACUGUUGGAAGGCAAAAGACAGCAGAAAUUAGGCUUUCAGGACUGGAUGAAGGGAUAAAACUUGGGUAUAUUUAAAAAAAGCAGCCUGAGGAGGCCUGAGCAGGAACACUCACUGAGUUUGUCUUGUAAAAGGACAAUUGAUGAAACCAGUAGUAGUUUCUGCAAAGGUUUUAAAAUUUGCUGUUUUCUGCACUCCCUCCUCUGAAUGUGCUCCCCUAAGGGCUUAACUUGGUCAAGAGCAUAAGAUUUUUUAAAAAUAGUGAUAAUUAGUACAUGA